ACAAACAUUUCACACCUUUCUCACCCAUUCCACAUUUCAAACUCUCUCUCUCUCUCUCUCUCUCUCUCUCUCUCUCACUCAGUAGUUUACUUUUCACAUAUAAUUCUCUCUUAAAUCUUGAUUGGUGAUAUGGGUAUUGAAGGUGAGAAGAGAUAUGGUCUGUUACUGGCAUGCAAGGACUCAGAGUAUGUGAAGGAAGUGCAUGGUGGGUACUUCAAUGUGUUUGUGGCAGCCUUUGGUGAAGAAGGAGAGAGAUGGGACUUGUUUAGGGUUGUUGAAGGAGAGUUCCCAGACAUGAAUCAGCUUCAUAACUAUGAUGGAUUUGUGGUUAGUGGUAGCCCUUAUGAUGCUUAUGGGAAUGACUUUUGGAUUCUCAGGCUUUGCUAUCUCUUGCAGACCUUAGAUUCCAUGAGAAAGAAAGUCCUUGGCAUUUGCUUUGGCCACCAGGUAUUGUGUAGAGCAUUGGGUGGAAAAGUAGGGAAGGCAUACACUGGCUGGGACAUUGGACUAAGAAAAGUGAGAAUUGUGAAAGAUUUCUCACCAUGUGCCUUUCUUGAUAGCUUGGAUGAGAUCCCACCUGCUCUUUCAAUAAUUGAAUGCCACCAAGAUGAGGUUUGGGAGGUCCCUGUAGGAGCUGAAGUGAUAGCAUUUUCAGACAAAACAGGAGUAGAGAUGUUCAGCAUUGGAGAUCACAUUCUUGGAAUUCAAGGUCAUCCUGAGUACACCAAAGACAUUCUUAACAAUCUCAUUGAUCGUCUUCUCACUAAUGACUCUAUAGAGUUAUUUUUACAGAAAGGAUUUGCCGAAGAUGUGAAGUCAAAAUUGCAGAUAGCUGAACCAGACAGAAAAUGUUGGCUAAGGAUUUGCAAAAUGUUUCUCAAUGGGAGAUAGAACAAAAUUGCAUUACAUUUAAAUAAAUAAAUCAAUCCAAACUAACUUUAUGUCCCAAUCACGAGAGGUUGACGAGAUGAUAUGUAUGACUAUGAUUAUCUUCUAUAGUCACUUUUAUUGUCGGUUUUGUGUAACUAGACUUUUUGCAUUUGGGCAUGGGGACUGCUAUAGAUACCCUUAUUGUUAAGCACACAUUUGUUGAAUGUAUCUGAAGAAAUUAUUCUUCCUAAAGUUGUAUUUCAUAUAAACAUUGAAAACAUGAGCACAAGAAUGUUGUUCUCUA